AUGGAGAACGCGUCGCUCGGCUAUGACUACGAGGACUACAGCGAGAUCCCGGGUCUACCCGUGGACUGCCCGGACGGCUCCUGCCUCGCCAUCGACCCCCUCCGCACGGCGCCACUGCUGCUGUACGCUGUGGUCUUCCUCGUGGGCGUGCCCGGCAACGCCACGGUGGCCUGGGUGAUGGGAAGGGAGGCGCGUCAGCGCGUCGUGCCCACGUGGUUCCUCCACCUGGCGGCGGCUGAUCUGCUGUGCUGUCUGUCGCUGCCCAUCCAGGCGGUGCCCAUUGCCCGCGAAGGCCACUGGCUGUACGGAGCUACGGGCUGCCGAAUCCUGCCCUCUGUCAUCUUACUGUGUAUGCACGCCAGCGUCCUGCUUCUGGCUGCCCUCAGUGCCGACCUCUGCCUGCUGGCCCUGAGACCUGCCUGGAGUGCUGCCACCUGGCGGCCGCAUGGGGUAAGGGCAGCUUGUGCGACAGCCUGGGCCCUGGCCUUGGUGUUGACCGUACCCUCUGCCAUCUACCGCCGUCUGCACCAGGAACACUUCCCACCCCGCCUGGAGUGUGUGGUGGACUACGGCGGCUCAACCGCGACCGAGGCCACAGUGACCGCUGCUCGGUUUCUUUUUGGCUUCCUGGGCCCUCUGCUGGUUGUGGUCGGCUGUUACAGUGCCCUCCUGUGCCGUGUGGCCCGAUGCCGCUGGCCACUGGGCACAGCAGUGGUGGUGGGGUUUUUUGUCUGCUGGGCCCCCUACCACGCACUGGGCCUCGUCCUAGCUGUCGCUGCUCCCAACUCUGCGCUCCUGGCCAGGGCCCUGAGGGGUGAACCACUGGUUGUGGGCCUGGCCCUGGCUCACAGCUGCCUGAAUCCCAUCCUCUUCCUUUAUUUUGGGCGAGUACAACUCCACAGGUCACUGCCGGCUGCUUGUCGUUGGGCCCUGAGGGAAUCCCAGGGUGAGGAUAAAAGUGUGGUCAGUAAGAAAUCCACUAGCCACGACCUGGUCUCAGAGAUGGAAGUGUAG